AUGUUCACCUUUGUUCCCCUGCAAGGAGCGCUCUCCGAGUCGACGGCAUCGCAGCACCUCCUCGAGCUCGAUGGCGGCGUCAAGGUCUUGAUUGAUGUUGGCUGGGACGAGUCGUUUGACGUGGAGAAGCUCAAGGAGCUCGAGAAACAAGUCCCUACUCUAUCGCUGAUUCUUCUUACCCAUGCGACUGUCUCUCACCUUGCUGCAUACGCACACUGCUGCAAAAACUUUCCUCUCUUCAACCGCAUCCCAGUCUACGCGACACGACCGGUCAUUGACCUGGGACGAACCCUUCUGCAGGACCUCUACGCCUCGACACCAGCAGCGGCUACUACCAUCACCCACGGCGCGCUCGCCGAGACAACCUACGCAUACUCGCAGCCGCAGACGGGCGAGCACAACUUCCUGCGCCAAGCUCCGACUUCCGAAGAGAUUGCUCGAUACUUCUCCCUUAUCCAGCCUCUCAAGUACUCACAACCACAUCAGCCCCUUGGCUCACCGUUCUCGCCUCCCCUGAACGGCCUCCAGAUUACGGCUUACAACUCUGGUCACACUCUCGGAGGAACGAUUUGGCACAUACAGCACGGCCUAGAAUCUAUCGUCUACGCCGUGGACUGGAACCAGGCGCGCGAGAAUGUCUUCGCCGGAGCCGCGUGGCUGGGUGGCGGGCACGGGGGAGCCGAGGUCAUCGAACAGCUCCGCAAGCCGACAGCGCUCGUGUGUAGCAGCCGCGCGCCGGCGAGUCUCUCGCGCGCCAAGAGAGAUGAGCACCUGCUGGACAACGUGCGGGCGUGUGUCGCGAAGGGCGGCACGGUGCUCAUACCCGUUGAUUCGAGCGCGCGAGUCCUGGAGCUGGCCUACCUGAUGGAGCACGCCUGGCGGACUGAUGCUAGCGGGAACGGAAGCGCUUUGUCGACGGCGAAGCUAUACUUGGCCGGCCGUAGCGUGAGCAGCACAAUGCGACAUGCUAGAAGCAUGUUUGAGUGGAUGGACGACAGCAUUGUUCGGGAAUUCGAAGUCUUUGCUGAAGGAGCGAAGAAGGCAAACGGCAACGCUGAGGGGACGAAAGGCAAGGAAGCUGGACCCUUUGAUUUCAAGUAUCUCAGACUGCUCGAACGCAAAGCCCAGAUUGAGCGCCUGCUGAGUCAGGCUGCCGAAGAUGGGAGUGCAACCGGACGUGUUAUUCUUGCCAGUGAUACCAGCUUGGAGUGGGGAUUCUCUAAGCAGAUUCUUCGAACCAUUGCCGAGGAUCCCAAGAACCUUGUCGUAUUGACGGAGAAGCCCAACCUGUCAUCUAACGAAAAGACCUCCAUUGCAAGGACCCUCUGGCAAUGGUGGAAUGAGCGACAGGACGGCGUUGCUACUGAACAAACUACCAGCGGGGACACAGUAGAGCAGGUAUUCGGCGGCGGCCGUGAGCUGGAGGUUGAAGAAGCAAAACGGGAAGCUAUCAAGGGAACCGAACUAAAUCUCUACCAACAAUGGCUUGCAACACAACGGCAGCUUCAAGCCACUUUGCAGAGUGGCGGCGCCACUGUUCUGGAAACUGUUGGAGAUGGAGUUGAUGAUGCUUCUUCGGAGUCUUCUACGGAAUCCGAGGAAUCAGAGACCGAGCAGCAAGGACGGGCGUUGAAUGUCUCGACGACGAUGGGCCAAGCAAGCAGGAAGAAAGUAGUAUUGAAAGACGAGGAUCUGGGUAUCAAUAUUCUCCUGAAGAAGAAGGGUGUGUACGAUUUCGAUGUGCGUGGAAAGAGGGGACGAGAAAGGAUGUUCCCCAUCCCCAUCAGGAGAAAACGAAACGAUGAGUUUGGUGAGCUUAUACGGCCUGAAGACUUCCUCAGGGCAGAAGAGCGAGAGGAGGCGGAUGGCCAGGAUGCUGCUCAAGGCGAUAAGGGCUCGAACGAGGAAGGUCUAGGGAAGAAACGGAAAUGGGACGAUAUUGGUGCCAAGAAGGGAGGUUCCGGUGGACCGAACAAGCGGCCGCAGCCUACUAGGACAGUCUCGGACGACAUUGAUGUUCUCCUUCCGUCUGAAGGCUCAGCUGGUGUUGCUGACGAGUUGGACGGCGUAGAGGAUCCAGAGGAAGAGGAGCUGCUGGGGCCCUCCAAGCUUGCCAUUUCCAAGGAGACGAUCGCCAUCAACCUGCGGAUCGCAUUCGUCGACUUCAGCGGCCUUCACGACAAGCGAAGCUUGACCAUGCUGAUACCCCUGAUCCAGCCGCGGAAACUCAUUCUCGUUUCUGGCAGCGAGGAAGAGACACUGGCUCUGGCAGGAGACUGCAAAAAGCUUAUCGGCACGACCGACGGCAAUGCGGUCGACAUCUUGACGCCUGCGGUUGGUGCCUCGGUGGAUGCUAGCGUGGACACAAACGCCUGGAUUGUCAAGCUGGCUGAUCCACUGGUCAGGCGGCUGAAGUGGCAGAAUGUUCGGGGCUUGGGCAUCGUGACGGUCACGGCAAUGUUACUUGCGACGGAAGCUGCCGAAAAGGAGAAGCACCCGCAUGCCAUUGGCGACGACGAGGGCGCCAACAAGAGGCAGAAGACGGCGGAGGAAGGCGACGCCAAGGACGGCACGGAGGAGGAGGAGGAGGAGGGGGGGGAGGCCGGCGCGGUCGUGCCGACACUCGAUGUCCUCCCGACGACGAUGGCCUCGGCGGCGCGGUCGGUGGCACAGCCGCUGCACGUGGGCGACCUGCGGCUGACGGACCUGCGGCGGGCGAUGCAGUCGUCGGGCCACACGGCCGAGUUCCGGGGCGAGGGCAUCUUGCUGAUUGACGGGUCGGUGGCGGUGCGCAAGUCGGCGACGGGGCGCAUCGAGCUGGAGAGCAUCGGGCUGCCGACGGACGGGGGCCCGGCGAUGCAGCAGGGGGGCACGUUCUACGCGGUCAAGAGGAUGAUCUACAAUGGGCUUGCGGUGGUUGCGGGGGCUUAA